AUGAAAUCUCUGGCUGAUUUUAUGGAUAAAGCUGAGUGCAAGACUGCCCUUUUAGAAGAGCUAACACCCAAAUCAAGAGAUAUUUUAUUUUCUCCAGUGUCCAAAGCAGAAGAUAUUCCGUUUAUGAUUCAAUCAAUAUUAUCUUUGGCCUCAGUAUCACUUCAACAUCAGCAGGAACCAAUAAAGAUCCAGUUUCCCCUACAGGAUGGUAAAAAUCUAAUGACGUUGACCUUACCAUUUUUUGGUAAAAAGUUCAAACUGAAGUCCAGGAAUACGAAGCCUUCAAGAAAGGUUGCUAUUCUUUUCAAUAUCCUUAACACAGUUAAGAACAGAUUAGAAAAUGGGCAAGUGAGCACAAUACGAGAUUUGUAUUAUUCUAACGUUGAAUUAUAUGAGAACCAACGAAACAUCUCCUUUUGGUUAUCCAUCUUAACAAGAUCGUUUAGAUUACCAUCAAAAGAUUUAUUAAAUAUCAUACCUGCUCAAAAGGGUUUGAUUUAUUCUCCAAUUAAAAUUAUGGUUAUUAACAAUGAAAAAGUACAGAUUAUAACACCUUUUGAGACAACGUUGAUUCCGUACUUGGGAGAUAAUACAAAAAUUGUGUUGAGCAAGCAGGCUAAUGUUCACAUCAAUAGGGUACUUGUACUUGAAAAGGAGGCAAUAUUUAGUAAACUCGUAUCUUCUCGUAACUCUGACCAAAUAUUGAUUACAGGAAAGGGUUAUCCAGAUUUUCUAACAAGGAAGUUUCUUAAGCUGUUUCAUGAGAGUGAAAAAGAAAGCAUUAAGAACUGGGAUAUAAUAACAGAUGCUGAUCCACAUGGGGUAAACAUAACAUUUAUAUACAUGCAGACAAACACCUAUUUGAAUUACUGUGGUGCAACACUUUUGCAAUUGAUUAACCUCAAUUUGAAACAUUUAUCAUCUGCCACACAGUUGCUGUCGCUUGACCAAAGGGAUGUCUCUCUCACCAAAACAUUACUUGGUCGCGUAUCCAUGCAAGAGGUUGCACAAGCAAGUAAGUUGAAGGUAGCCUUACAAAGACAGAUGUUCUUUCAGAAGAAAGGUGAGAUGAAUGCCCUUUAUAGCCGCUGA